CGCCUGGUUACAAACUUUCCUUUUACUACAUUGUACCACAAGAGGGCAACAUAUUCUGUUUUUAAGGCAGAGGAGUCCUUGGAGCUAUAUUGUUCUUUAUUCAGCUAUUUCAUUUACCAAAAGCGCAAACAAAACAAACUGAAAAGGCACAAAUUUAUUGGAUAAAUUUACAGUAUUGAUGUUUCUAUGAAACAAUCACGAGGGCAAGGGGUACGUUUUCUUUCUCACUUCACACCCUCCUGUUGUCUUGAUAAAAUACUGUAACAGUGAGCAAUGUCAUCACUGACGAGCCCACAAUGCAUUUAUAAAGUUAAACAUGCAACUUACAAAAUUAAGAAAGAAAGAAAGAAAAAGAAAAUAAAAAUGGAGGAAAUAUGGAAACAGGAACACAAGUUCUCAGAUAAAAAACAUCAAUGUAUAUUCUUAUGUUGUUAGAUCAAGAGGAGAAGUCCUCUUAGUUUUUCACCACAUAUAUACAUACAAAUCAUAUAGAAGCUGGAUUUCAAUGCAUAACAAUCCAUUAAAAUAAAGGUACCAGCGAUUUUUAGAUAAAAAUUUCACCUGUGUGAUCAGAUUAUCAAACGUGCACACCUCGUGAAACAUGACUAUUCUGUAAGGCACGUUAAACCUAAACAGAAGAAUAAAAUCUAUAAUGACCCAAACUGAUGAUAGUCAUUCAUCGUCUGUGUUAUGCGUACUGACCCAACAAAAACACCCAGAACAUCAGAAAGAGGACUACUGAGUUUUGACGUAGAACGUAUGAGUCAUGGAUGGUCCUGUGGGGCGUGAUCUGAGCUCAGAAACAUUUGUAGCUCAUUACACAUCUGGAGAAGGAUGUUCCCUGAGCUCAGAGCCAGACUAUAAGUUUUUUCAGGUCUUGAAUGAACAGUUAGUUCAGGAGGAGAGCAGGUCAAAGAAGGAGUGAACAAACCCAGGAAUAGCAUUUUCAUAAAAAAAUGGACAUCAAACCAGUAUUAAGGAAAUUUGCCUCUUUGGUCCGAGUCAUUCUCACAUUUCUCUUUGCUCUGCUGGUACUUGGGGUGAUGUUAUGGGCAUACAUCGAUGGUUUCCAGAUAGCCACAUCUCCAUAUAACAUCAUCUCCAUUGGUUUCUACGGGGUGCUUCUCAGCAUUCAUGUCCUAAUUCAGAGCUUCUUUGCCUUUGUGGAGCAUCGGCGCAUGAACGCACGGCACAAACCAUGCUCCUACACAAAAACCAUCGGCUUUACUAUAUCAGCCUAUCAGGAGGACCCUGUCUAUCUCCGCGAGUGCCUUCAGUCAGUACGGGCCCUGCAGUACCCAUCUGAGCUGCUACGCAUUGUCAUGGUGGUGGACGGGAACUCCGAAGAUGACCGCUACAUGUUGGAGAUGUUCAGGGAGGUCUUUGAAGACCAGGAUCCUGGCUGUUAUAUAUGGCAAAACAACUACCACUCUUGGAAGCCCACUGGCCUUGACAAGAAUGCAGCUGAAGCUGAUGGUCCAGACGAUGAAGUUGUGUUUGAAGACCCUCAGCGCUUAGAGGUUGAAGAACUCAUCAGGACCAAGAAGUGUGUGUGCAUCAUGCAAAAAUGGGGAGGAAAGAGGGAAGUGAUGUAUACAGCAUUCAAGGCACUAGGAUCUUCUGUGGAUUAUAUACAGGUGUGUGACUCAGACACAAAAUUAGACCCUCUGGCCACAGUGGAGCUCUGCAAGGUGCUGGAGAGCAACAAGAAAUACGGUGCUGUGGGAGGCGAUGUGAUGAUCCUUAACCUUAAAGACUCUUACAUCAGCUUCAUGAGCAGCCUGCGCUACUGGAUGGCGUUCAACAUUGAGAGGUCCUGCCAGUCCUUCUUCGACUGUGUCUCCUGUAUCAGCGGCCCCUUAGGUCUUUAUAGGAAUGACCUCCUGCAGCAGUUUCUGGAAUCCUGGUACAAUCAGAAGUUUCUUGGUACCCACUGCACUUUUGGGGAUGACCGGCAUCUCACCAAUCGAAUGCUAAGCAUGGGCUAUGCUACAAAGUACACUGCCCGUUCUAAGUGCUACACAGAGACUCCCGCUCAGUUUCUGCGCUGGCUCAAUCAGCAGACGCGCUGGACCAAAUCCUACUUCCGUGAAUGGCUGUAUAACGCUAUGUGGUGGCACAAACACCACCUUUGGAUGACCUACGAAUCCAUUGUCUCAGGCAUCUUUCCUUUUUUUGUCACUGCCACCAUUAUUAAGCUGUUCUGGACAGGCACUCUUUGGGACAUUUUGUGGGUCUUGUGCUGCAUCCAGUUGAUUGGUCUGGUAAAGGCAGCAUAUGCCUGCAUCUUACGACAAAACGCAGUCAUGCUCUUUAUGUCAUUAUACUCUGCUCUCUAUAUGACCAGCCUCCUGCCUGCCAAAUACUUUGCCAUUAUCACCAUGAACAAAAGCAGCUGGGGGACAUCGGGCCGUCGUAAGAUGGUGGGGAACUAUAUCCCCUUGGCGCCUCUAUCAGUGUGGGGGGCCAUUUUGUUGGGAGGCCUGGGGUACACUAUCUACAGGCAAAACAAUGAGACCUGGACAACAGAUGGAAAGAAAGAGGAGAUCAAGUUUUUGAUAUUUGGAGUCAUAGCUUAUGUGUGCUACUGGCUUGUAAUGCUCUGCCUCUACUGGGUGUGGUUUCGGAGAUUAUUCCGAAAGCGCUCACAGAGUUACACUGUGAAUGUAUAAGACAAUUAUUUGGGCACAUUAUUUAUUUAGGACCACUUGCACAUUUUUUAUUGGUAUUUUUAAAUGGUUUACAUGCAAUUUUAUUUAUAGACUUUUUUUAACUUGCAAUUUUAUUUAUGACGUUUUUUGAUAUUGCACAUAUUUUAUGCAAUUUAUGAUGCCUAUAAGUAUUCAGAGAUCAGAAGUGACAUGGAGGCGACCGGUCUUUAUGAAAUGUAAUGACUAGACUAUAUGAAAUGUGCGAAAAGCGAUCGUAUAGAGUCAGCAUUCAUAAUGUACGUUUUUGUGUACAAAAUGUAGUAUUGAAACCGAAUAAUAGGAGUAUGUUAUUAGUGAGGGAAUUUGAACAUGGCACAUUCAUUAUUAGCACAUCAUUGGUUGUUAAACAUUAUUUGAAGAACAUAAAUAAAUUGAUACAUAGCUACGCAGUGAGCAGCACUGAUCAUGUGAUAUUCAUAUAUUAGGAUUUGUUACUUUCAGAAUGACUACUAAGAAAAAUAGGACAAAUAUUUAAAAACAAACAAUUGUGCAAGAAUUUCCAAAUGUUUUUAUUUUAUUUUAUUUUUAUGGCGAGCGUUGAUUUAAAAUACUUUCUGAUGAUUUUAAUUUCUGAUAUAAUGUGACAGGGCAUUUUUAUGUUGUUUUUUUAGCACUUGAAUAAAAUAUGUUGAGUAUGUAUACUUAGUGACAAAUACUUUUGGCAGCAAUAUUGUGUAAAUGUGAACUUACAAAUGUUGGUUAUUUAAACAAUACAAGAAAUUAAAUAAAUUAUUUUAUUAAAAUAUGCUGAAUUAUUUCAAACAUCCAAUUAAAAUAACUAUAUGCAGGCAGUAUAAAAGUAAAUACAUUGCACUGCUUUUGAAUGUGAAUGCUUUUAAAAUGUAGACCUAGAUUGGAGACAAAAUGUGACAUUUGUCAUUCAAUAAAGUCAUUUUAAAAUGAUAAAACAAAAUUUACUUACAUUUUUUAUAAUAGCAAUGUAUAUGUAGACUAGGGUGCAACUCUAUUCCACAACCUUUGGUCUUUGAAUGAUUUUACAAUCCUUGAACAAAAUACAGUUUAAGGGAGGAUUCCCUGACAUUUGUACCUCCAGACCAGCAGUGACAUAAAUCAGUUUGGGUGUCAUUUACAGCAAAAUCAAUAACACUGUAGGAUAACAGCCCACAAAUAAGUUAUGGUUGGCCAUAAUUGAGCUGUGGGAUAAUAUAUGCAUGAUCAAUGCAAAGUAAAUGAUUUAACCUUUUGUGUGAUUUAGAGCAUCUUGAAUCAGAGGCUGAAUCAGAACAGGGUGGGAGUCGUUUGGGGGUAAUUGCUUCAUUUGUGUUGCACCAUGUUUAGACUGUUACCAAAGGCAACCAAGGAGGACCCCAAUUACAGAGGCUGAGAAUUAAAAUUUGUUUCAAUAAAACCAUCAACAAAAAACAAACAGCCAGAAACAAGGGAAAAAAGCUGAAUGUUGAUGUCUUUAAAACUAUA